GUUAAGCAUGAUUUGGACUCACCAAUUAAUUCAAAAUGAGCAACAUUAGUGAUAACAAAGUUCAACUCUGGGUUUGAAUUAAAUGCGUCAUACGUUGAAUCAACACGGUUCAUUCUGUUAUAAGCAGUGCACAAGAAUUAACAAGUUUUUUUGACAAUUUUGGAAUUUCCAGAAUAAACGCGUUUUUCUAGUCCGAAUAGAUUGAUUAAGUUGGAUGAUUGGCAAUAGUAAAAACUAUAUAAACAUUUCAAUGUCUUUAACUGAACUGAAAGUCUGAUUGAAUAACCACCAUGAUUAAAUUGUAUUUGUUUGCAUGUUUCCUAUGUGGAAUUACACUACAAGUCAGUUCUAAAUAUAUUCUUCAAAAAAUAUUGAAUGGUGAUGAUGAAUCUAAUUUCGAAUUAUUGACUUAUAAUAGUUACGAAGAUCUCGAAAGAUCUUUCACCAACGCUCAUUCGGGUGGGCCAGAAUGGGAAGAACAUAAAUUCCAAACGCCGGAUAGACCGUAUUAUUUGAGACAAGAAAUCGACGAAAACAUGAAACAUGAAAGCGAUGAAGACUUCGGAACUGCAGAAAUAGAUGAACUUUAUAACUAUUCCAAAGUCGAUCCAGUUUCCUUUGAGGACAUACAUUUUUAAGUUUAUAAAAAUAUAAAAUGAGUACAGUAGAAUCUUGAUAACUCGAACCUUGUUAAGUCGUAAUCCUCAGUAACUCGAAAAGAUAUGCUAUUCCCUUCCGCUGAACCCCGAACGACGCACUAACUCGAAUUUUUUAGACUCAGUAACUCGAACAAUAAGUUAUUUCCCUGUGCGGCAUUACUCGUACAUUUUAAUACUCAGUAACUCGAACUGCAAAUACUACCUCAGUAAGUCGAAGUUCAUAAAAUUUUAUGAUUUCUUACUCGAGAUUCCCGGAGCUCAAAACUCGGGAUUCCCGGAGCUUAAAACUCGUGGCAAUAAAAUCAAAAAGGAAUGUUCGGGGCUCGGGGCCUCUUAUCUAUUGUUUUUGUUCGAAAUUCUUGUUAAGUCGAACACUUGCUAUCUCGAAUUUUUUUUGGUUUCCCUUGACAUUCGAGUUAUCAAGAUUCUACUGUAAUAACAAAUGACCACCUUUAUGCAUAUGUGCACCAAUUAAAUUAUUUAUCCCACUAAUUCGAAUUAUUACCUAGAUAGAGGAUUGGUUAAGUCAGAAUGAACAAUUAGUAUCACCACGAUUAGACUAUAAUCAAUUCUGGGAAGUAUAUAGGUACACAGUAUAUAGCUCAGUAAUCAGUGUCAAUUAUACACAGAAUGCCAUCUAUCCAGUGAAAAUAAAAUCACUAACCACACGUGUUGCUGAAUUUAAGGUUACACUACACUGUUUAUCAAUGACAAUCAAUGUUUACAAGACUUACUUGAAGUUUAUUCGCAAUGUUGUCCAAGAAAUCGUUAGCCGAUAAAAUCUCGGGGCUUUUAAAAGCCGCACCUAGUUAUAACCCAGAUGAAAAUGAUAUCGAAUCAACUGCCAAAGUGGUCGAUUUUGAUGACAAUGAAGAAGAUGAUAACAUCCACAUAAGUAACCAAUCUUUGAGUGCAUUUCGUAAAAAGAACGUGAAUUUACUUGAUGAAGUCGACGCAAAGUACGCAGGCAAGAAGAGUUCCAGGAAGGAUCUCUUUGACUCAGAUGAUGACUUACAACCUGAAUAUAUUGACCAAGAAAGUGAUUCUGAAGAUAUUGAUGAUGAAAUGGAAGAUAAUGAAGAAGGAGAGGAAGGCAGUGAUGAUGAUGAUGAUGAUGAGAAUUCGGGCGAGGAGGGCAAUUUUAAACAUAUGAAUGAAACUAAUCUUAAAGUUAUCAACCAAAAGAGUCAAAGUGUGCAGAAUCAAAUUAGAAUCUGGGAGAGCUUACUGGAGAUGAGAAUACAACUUCAGAAAUAUUUAGUUGCUUCAAAUAAACUGCCACCUCCUGAAGUUUAUAAAGAAAUGAAGCAAGACAAUGAGUUUCUUGAGAAAACCAACACAUUAAAACAAGCUCUGGGAAAUACUCUAGGAAAAAUGAUGGACUUACAGGAAUUAUUGAUUAAGAAGUAUCCAGAGUCUAAAAAUGUUUUAAAAGAUACACCAAAACAAGAAAAGAAUUAUAAUGAAGAUGAUGAUGAAAUACCUAGUGACACAGAAGAAGAAAAUACAGAAAAGGAAGAAAGUGAUGAAGAUGAUGAACCGCCAUCAGCAAAGAAAAAGAAGUUAAGCAUAAAUGAACUUGAAGAUAGAGCAAGUAAACUGCAUAAAAGUUACAAAAACUACAGAGACACCACCAUUCAGAAGUGGAAUGACAAGACACAAAUUGCACAUGGAAAAACAGCAAAUACCAACCCAGUUCUUAAACAAAUUGAAUACAAUUUAGCUGAUAAGGCAAGACUCAUAAAAAGGACUCAACUGCAAAGAUCAGAAUAUCGCAUUUUAGGCGUUGAUAAACAAACUUCGGAAAAUAAUGAAGAUGUUGAGAAUACUAAAGAUCAUGAAUAUAAUAAUAAUAUUUAUGAUGAUGAUGAUUUCUACCAUCAAUUACUACGUGAAUUAAUCGAAGUCAAGUCGGCGGAUAUCACCGAUCCCAUUCAAUUAAGCCGACAAUGGAUUCAAUUACAAAAUUUACGCAGUAAAAUGAAGCGGAAAAUCGAUACAAAGGCCACGAAGGGUCGUGUUAUUCGCUACGGCAUUCAUAAUAAGUUAGUAAACUUCAUGGCCCCAGUUAAUAAUGAGUUUAUUACAGAUGAGGCUCAGACAGAACUUUUCUCUUCACUAUUUGGGAAGAGAUCAUAGUUGUAAUUAUAGUUGUAAUUAAAUUCAAGUUAUUAAACUACAUUGUUAAUAAAAACAAAACUUAAAAUUGUUUCAGUUGA